AUGCAGAGGUCCUGGAAGGACUUCUCUUGCCGCCCCAGGGGCUUGCCCUUGCCGGGCUCCAUCCGGUCCUGCGCCUCCUUGAAGUCACAUGUGCACCGACGUGGGCUCAUAGAACUGGCAGGGACCGUACACUGUGUGGGCCCCCGCAGCCCCCUGGCCUAUAUUAGAUACGGCUGCUAUUGUGGCCUGGGUGGCCGAGGCAAGCCCCUGGAUGCCAUGGACCGGUGCUGUCACCGUCAUGAUUGCUGCUACCGGCAUGCCAGUGAGGAGGCUGGCUGCAUACCCAAGCUGCAGUCCUACCCUUGGACAUGCAACAAUCAGCACAUUGAAUGUGGACCGGCAGAGGAUGAAUGUCAAGAACUCUUGUGCAAGUGUGACCAGGAGCUUGCUUACUGCUUAGCCGAAAACGAGUACCAUUUAAAGUACCUCUUCUAUCCACGUUUCUUAUGUGGGCACGACCCGCUCAAAUGUGACUGACUAGUUUGACUUGAAAUGUUAUUGUACAAGGAAAUAAAACUCUUUUUUCACUAACCAACAGCCAUAUUCAGAGGGGAACUGAGUUAAAGUGUUAAAGCUGCAACUUGUGUUUGUUCUCCCUCCCUCUCCAAACCUGGGGCUGGAGCCUGUUCGGUUGCCAGUUUGACUAAGGUCAAAACCCCAUGCCUAUUUACAAAACCAUGACGGUGUUUAUGACUGUAUUGGGUCUGGGACCAUGUUUGAGGUUCGACCUUUAUGAAAAGGCUGAGCUUGUCUUCUAACCUGCUCUUGAUGAACAAACACCUGCUAAGUGCCUGGUCUUGUUCUAAGUCCUGGGUUGAGGCAAUAAAUAAGAUGGCCACAUGACACCAUCCACCCUUGUGAAGUUCAGGUCUAGUAAUUGUUAGCUCAAGAAAGAGUAUUCUUGCCCAUCCUACUCCACCUUUUUAAA